AUGGAGGGUGUGGGUACAGGCGCCGUAGCCGCCGCGACCAAGUACGCGGAGGCCGACAUCACGAAGCUCAUUACCUGGAAGAAGGGCACCCCAGUGCCAUACUCACUGCUAGCAAACACUUUCGAGGCCAUCGCGGGGACCAGCAAGCGACUGGAGAUUGUGGCCCACCUGGUGGCGGCCUUCCGGGCUGUACUGGACACCAAUCCACCCGACCUGCUGCCGGCAGUCUACCUGUGCGUUAACCGAGUGGCACCGUCACACACCGGGAUAGAGCUGGGCAUCGGAGAGGCGACCCUCAUUAAGGCGUUGUGUGAGGCCACUGGCAAGAACGAGGCGGGCAUUAAGAAGGCGUACGAGGCCAGCGGCGACCUGGGAGUUGUUGCUGUUGGUGCGCGCAGCACUCAGCGGACCAUGUUUACUCCGCCGCCGCUCACCAUUGCCAACGUGCUCAAGGGCUUCCGAGACAUUGCACAGGUGGCUGGCAGCAAGAGCGUGGACAUCAAGCGCGGCAUGAUUGUCAAAAUGCUGGUCGCGGCCAAGGGUAACGAGCCGGGUUACAUCAUCCGCUCGCUCCAGGCCAAGCUGCGUAUCGGGCUGGCUGAGCAAAGCGUGCUGGUGGCGCUGGCCCACGCUGUGCACCUGCAUAGGGAGGGUGUCAAGGACAAGGACGGCCGCCUGGCGGAGAAACUGGAGGCGGCGGCGCAGGUGGUUAAGCAGGCAUACAGCGAGUGCCCGUCCUACGACGUGCUCAUACCGGCGCUGCUUGAGCAGGGCACCGCCGACCUGCUGUCCCGCUGCCACUUCAUGCCGGGAGUGCCAGUCAAGCCCAUGUUGGCAAAGCCCACGACAGGUGUGGGAGAGGUGCUGGAAAAGUUCACCGACACAGAGUUCACUGUGGAGUACAAGUACGACGGCGAACGGGCACAGGUGCACGUAAUGGAAGGAGGCAAGACCGUACACAUCUUCAGCAGGAACGCCGAGAACAACACGCCCAAGUACCCGGAUAUCGUGGCGCGGCUGCGGGGUCUGCUCAAGCCGCACGUCCAGUCCAUCGUGUUCGAUAGCGAGGCGGUAGCUUACGACCCGGAGAAGAAGAAGAUUUUGCCCUUUCAGGUGUUGUCUACGCGCGCUCGUAAGGACGUGUCCGUGGGUGAGAUCAAGGUGCAGGUGGUGCUGUUCGCCUUUGACUGCCUCUACCUCAACGGCGAGUCGUUGCUACACAAGCCGCUGACGGAGCGUCGCGAGGCACUGUACGGCGCGCUCAUGGAAAAGGAGGGACAGCUGCAAUUUGCAACGGCCAAGACCAGUCGGGACGUGGAAGAGUUGGAGAGCUUCCUGACCGAGUCUGUGGAGGCAGGUACGGAGGGCCUUAUCGUUAAAACGCUCGCGGACACGUACGAGCCGUCCAAGCGCUCCAGCCACUGGCUCAAACUUAAGAAAGAUUACAUGGAGGGUGUCGGGGAUACGUUCGACGUGGUACCUCUGGGCGCAUUCUACGGCAAGGGCAAGCGGACUGGAUUUUUUGGAGCCUACCUGCUUGGCGUGUACGACCCAGACACCGAGACGUACCAGACUAUUAGCAAGCUUGGCACCGGGUUUAGCGAGGAGCAGCUGCAGCAACUGGCGGACUCCAUGCGGCCGCACAUCAUCCCGCAGCCCCGCCCGUACUACAAGUGGAGCGAUGCGCUGGUGCCUGACGUGUGGUUCGACGCGGUGGCGGUGUGGGAGGUCAAGGCUGCCGACCUGUCCAUCAGUCCUGUACACAAGGCGGCAGUGGGCCUGGUGGACCCGAGCAAGGGCAUCAGCAUCCGAUUUCCACGGUUAAUCCGUGUGCGCGAGGACAAGUCACCAGAGGAUGCCACUAGUGCAGCGCAGGUAGCGGAGAUGUUCCGCUCGCAGGCGGUCAUCAAGCAGCAGCAGGUGGGUUAUGGCUGCUUGUGGGUGUGA